GGUCGGUAUCCACAUAUGGUCGCUCCCCUAAACAUUCCUAAUUGGCAUUUGGAUCUGCUUAAAUUUGUGGCUGGUCAGGGAGCAAUUGUGCGCCAAGUGUGUUGGAAAUACUACAGACGAGAGCUGCACGAACUAAAGUUUGGGGAUCGCAAAUUCUUCCCGGUCCCGGUCCUAUGACCGACCUCGUUCUCAUUCCGCAGCCGCCUGCCUAUUAGAAUAGGAAUAAUAAAUUCGUUUUUAAUUGAAAUUUAUUUGUUGUGAUGGCUCUGCUACUGGGGCCUCCGUAACAACCUCUCAUCCAAGGCUGGAUUCUUUAAUUAACUGGAGACCCUCUAGACCAGGCCUCAGGGAAUUGAGCAGCCGAAUGUUAAUUGAAAGCAAUCAAUGUGCCUAUACAUUCGAAUCAAACGAAAGCUAUCAACAAGACCAAACGGAAGCAGGCAGGAAGCUGGACCAGCCAAAGUCAGGAAAAUCGCCAACACAGAGAUAGUGCAAUGGAGGAAGACAUGGAAGUCGACCUUAACAAUGAGAAGAGAGUGCUCUGCGAGAAAAUCAUACGCGAUAUUAACGCAGUCUUCGUCAAGGACGCUGAUCUUGCGUCGUUCGAGAUAAUACCGAAGGAGACGAACUGCAACAAGUCGCCGGUAGUGCACGUGGAGCACAAUCUAGGCCUGGAGUCGUGGUGCGCCCAGCAUGUCUACGACCACGCCCACCGUACCCUCAUCUUGCACCGUCGACAGACGCUACAGCAGCAGCUGCGCACGCUCCAGCAGCAGCAGCAAAGCGAUGCCUUGGCUAAGUAUCUGAAUGUUGCAUUGCUCAUUAAUCCGGACGUGACCACAUUCUGGCAUAUCCGCCGCCAGCUGGUGCAGAAGAACCGGCUUAGCAUAAACAAGGAGUUGCAGUUCUCGGCCCUCGUCCUUUCCAUCAAACCAAAGUCGAACGAGGCGUUCGCCUACCGCCGGUGGCUGUACUCGUUUCAAAGCGCCGAUGCCAUUGACUGGCCCAAUGAAAUCAGUAUCUGUGAGCGGUCCGCCGAUCGCUGUGCCAGCAACUAUCACGCCUGGUCACAUCGCCAGUGGGUGCUGCGGAGCGGCCCAUGCCUGCUCCAGUCGGAGUUGUUGCGAACGGAGAAAUUCCUGCGCAAGCAUAUCAGCGACUACAGCUGCUAUCACUAUCGCCAGGUGCUGCUCGCGCGGGCCUACGAGCUCUGCUUCUUUAUGCCCAACGGAGAGUCACAGCCGCAGCUGGCCAGUCUCCUUGAUCUCCUAGCAGAGUACGGUCUUUCCUGCGAGCCGAAUACCGAGGCCCUGAUCCAACUGCUGUUGCCCAACAUGAACCGCAGCGCUGUCAGCGGCCAGCGGUUGCGCUCCUUUCUAUACUGCUGCAACGUGGCUGCCUACGACAUGCGCCUGUGCUUGGAGCAGCGGGCUCUGUACGGACCGCGCGACUGUUUUGAGCUGCACCGCCGUGCAGCGCUUAAGUUCAUCGUGGACCAGUGCGUUCGUUUACAAACGGGGCUGGCUGACGAACAUUACCAACUCCCGGCGCAUACGGCGGCAGCGGCCAACGAGUUGCAGUCACAGCUGAACAAGUUUGACUACGGACGGCAUCCCUUCCUCGAGGCGGUGCGACAGGCCGAGUCGGCGCUGGGCUGCAAGCAUCAGCGCUGGUGCAACCUUCACCUCCAGUUUGCCUACCCGGUUCCCGAGGCUCCCCAGCGAAACUAGAAACCCCUCCCUGCCGCAAAUAGCCGUUUUUAAGCUCAAAAUUUGGGAUCAUCGCUGGCAAUACGUGAAUCUAUCUCGUGUGUGUGUGUGUGAACGUGUCUGAGAGAGAGAUAUUGCAAUUUUUUGACUGCACCCAGAUAUACAUACAUACGUGCAUAUUACUACGAUUAUCCACUGUGUAUCCCAAAGAAAAAAGUCUGACUAUAGUCCCGACAACAGACAACAGACAUCAGACAUCAUGCCAACUGCAUUUCGAUAACUGUUAUACCGCAUCUCGUGUUGCCGGCUCCCCCCGUUACAUAUGCAUACAAACAUAUUAUAAUCUGUGCUGGCAAUGCCACCACACUCGAUCGAUCUAAUGUUCAAAUUAUCACAUUAAGCACGUUUUUGUUAGCCAAUUUGCAGAUAGUUUAAAUAAAAUUAAAUCAACAGACAGA